UUGUGUUGCCAGGCUUCAAAGAUCAAGUUGAUAUGGCGCAUGGGAACUAUUCAGAAAUCGAAUCAAAAUGUGGGAUUUGUUUGUCACCGUAUACAGAACCGCGACUUUUGGACUGUUUCCAUUCUUUUUGCACACCAUGUCUCGAAAAACUGGAUGUUCAUGACAAUUAUCUGACUUGUCCGUUAUGUAGGACACACAUUUCUAUACCAGACAAAGGGGUAAGCGGUUUAAAAUCUUAUUCUUUCAAAUUUGAACAACCUCACAGAGCCAAUAACUCCACAGACAUUUGCGAAUUUUGUUCUGAAGAAAAUACUGCAGUAGCUAAAUGUCUUGACUGUAAGAUAAAUUUAUGUUUGAACUGUCGUGAUUACCAUAGGAAAAUAAAAACGUCACAGAAUCACUCGCUGGAGAACUUGAAAGUAGAUCAAUUGGACAAACACAAUGUGAAGUCAAUAAAAGAAUGUGAGGAACAUAGAAAAGAGUUGACGUUAUUGUGUAAGCCUUGUAAUAUCUUGUUAUGUAGUGAAUGUUCGGAAAAAUCCCAUUGUAUGCACGAUUUCCAGAACUUGACACUAUUAAUUCAGACUAGGAAGAAACUUUUAUUGACCAGAACAGCAAGCUUGAAAUCGAGAAUAUCAGUUCUCAAAAACACCGAAGAAUUGGUUCAACAAGAGGAAAAUAUGUAUCACAAACACUGUAACAUAGCGAAGAAAGAUAUAAUUGCACACGCUACAAGUGUUAAAGAUGUAUUUUGUAAUACCGUCGAUAUACUGACAAACAAAAGUUUGGCUAGAAUCGACAUCAUUAAAAAGAAAGAUGUUAAAGUAAUUAAUACUUACUUGAAUGAGAUAGAAACAGAACAAUUGUCACUUGCUGGUCUUAUCAAGACAACUGAGGGUUUCAUAAACAGUUCUUCAGAUGAACAGUUUACGGAUGGUCUUUUAACCAUUGCUUGUCAUCUUGACAAAGUUCUGAACAAAACGGGAAGGUCUUUUUCUUUAAAUUACUUGAAAUACGAAAGUGGCGAAUUCAAUACUUCGACUAUUGAACAAUUAUUUGGACAACUAAAUGUUUGUGCAAUAGGAAAUGUUAUUACCCCUUUAUACCAAAAAUUGCCAAUGCCUGCAAUAUUCCCUGAAGCGAACAAAGAACAUACUUUUACACUUUCAAACAAAAUCAUAGAUAUCGUUGCAGCCAAUAAAUACAAUACGUGGAUAUUCACGGAGAAUUUAGUUAGUCUCUAUAAUCGCAAUGGGGUUGUGAGUUCUACGUUUACACCACCAGUCGAAAGCAAACGAAUGCUUAAAAAAUCUGCAGAUGAAUUAUGGUUCUGGACUGGACAGUCUGCAGCGAAGAAAGUAAAUACACAAUUUCGAGAUGGAUACAAAGUCCCAUUUGAAGGUGGGUUGGUUGGUUGUUUCAUUCAAAGUGGAAAUUUACUUGUGUAUAAUAUGGACGAAGAAGUAUUUUAUGAAGUAACAGAACAAGAAGGUGUUCGUAACAAAAUAAAAAUCGAAGAUCCAACAAAGAAACUGCGGAACAUUCACGUUUUUACCGGCGAAACUAUUUUGAUGGCGGAAACUUCGAACUCAAAUCUUGUUUUUUCAUCACGCAACAACAUUGUUGUUAUCGCUGAUAAACAUGGGACAAUUCUUGAGACAUUUGAACGAAAAGGUGCAAAAUUCCGAGGUUUAACUGUAGAUAAUUACGGACAAAUUUUUGUAGCGGACUAUGAGAAGGAUUUUAUCGAUAUUUUAUCUGAGGGCGGUGUUUUUCAGCGAAACUUGCUGAAUAAUAAAAAUGGUGAUAAAAUCAUAUAUAAAACAAAUCAUAUCACUUUAGAUGAAUGUGGCUUUUUGUGGGUGUUCGAUCAUUUUAAGAAGAUGACAAUUUUUUCUUGCCAAUGAUAAUUUAGUUUUGAUGUACGCCAAUUGAAUAUACCAGUAAAUGAAAUAUCUUCUUGAUUCAAACAUGCAACCAUCGCUGGUCAGGCCUGAUCAAUUAUCUUGAUUAUACCAUGGGCAUUGAAUUUCUUUGUCAGUCUAUACUAUUUUUAAAACUGUUACGGGUCGAAGGAAGACAGCACUAAUAACAUUUGAAGCGUAUCGGGAAAACCCCGAAUUUAUCAACUGUAAGAACAUGUAAUUAUUGAUUAAACGGAAUACAACGGGGCCUGGAAGAAUGUAACUUGCAAACUAAACAACGGUCAAACACAACAUGAAUAUUUCUAACGUCUUGAAAUUCUAGCAUUUUCUACGGUUGGAAGAAUUCAGUUUCCAAACGUGCAUGAACAAAAUGCAUUUGUAAAAAAAACGGAAAUAUGGUUUAUGCUUGUACGAAUAAAUGUGCUAAUGCGAGACCUGCAUGCACAAUCCAAAUCUCUUUCGGUUUGAGCCAAGCUUUUUUCCUGAAAAUCUGGCAAAUUCGUUCCUUUAGUAUUAUAGAUGUAUACGAGUACUUUAACAAUGAAAAUUGGAACACAUAACAUCAGGCUGGCAUGAAAGGAUGAAUAACGUGUGUGAUAUAUUUUGUCUAUAAUAAAUUUUCAGUUGAUAAA